GUCACUUUUGAGGAAGGUGGAAAGGGGUGGCAGAGAGCCUCGGUUCUGGCGGAUGGGUGCCCUCGGUUGAAGCAAGGGACUCGCGGGCUCUCACUUCCAGGCCCCCGAGAUGGAAGACACCCACAGGUUGCACUGGAAGAGAGCCGUGGGGGUCGUCUUCUGCUGCACUUGCCUGCGCAAGCGCGGCCCCCCGGGCAAGGCGCACUCCUGUCCCGAGCAGAAGAGGAGCCGCGGCGCUGCUUCGCGCCACAAGGAGAACCUGGGUUCAGCCGCAUCGGGACUCCGGAUUCAGGACUGGAUCUAUGGGGGGUCACAGUGCUUUGGAGCCCAGAAUCCGGGUAAAGAUAAUGACAUGGACCUGGGCACUCUCCAAAACAACAUCAACACCACCUUGGACAACGUCUACGAGGAGGGCCCGGAGUCCGACCGCCUCAGGGCCCUUUCCAAUGGCAGCCCCAUCUCCAACGGCGAGCAGGCCAGCCUUCUGACCGGGGCCGAUACCGUCAAGCGAUCCCAGCCGCUGCUCAUCCAAAGCAACAGGUACGCGGCAGAGCAGGAGGAGGAGGAGCCCCGGGCCUUGUCGCUUCCCUCCAUCCCCAACCCCUUCCCCGAGCUCUGCAGCCCCUCCAACUCGCCCAUCCUCAGCAACUCCUCCCUGGGGUCAGGUUCGCAGCGAGAAGGCGGCUCUCACGUGGUCAAGGUGUACAGCGAAGACGGCACAUGCCGCUCCCUGGAGGUCACGGCGGGCACCACGGCUCGCCAUGUCUGCGAGAUGCUGGUGCAGAAGACCCACGCUUUGCACGACGACUGCUGGUCUCUCGUAGAAGCCUAUCAGCACUUAGCUCUAGAGCGAUGCCUGGAAGAUCAUGAGUCCGUGGUGGAAGUCCAGGCCACGUGGCCUGUUGGGGGCGACAGCAGGUUUGUCUUCCGGAAGAACUACGCCAAGUAUGAGCUGUUCAAGAGCUCACCGCAGUCGCUGUUCCCCGAAGUCAUGGUCUCCAGCUGCCUGGACACAGCCAACAAGGGCAUGUCCCACUCAGAACUCAUCCAGAAUGUACUAAAUUCGGGAAGCUGCCCUGAAAUCCAAGGGUUCCUGCACAUGAAGGAAGUGGGGCGCAAAGUGUGGAAAAGGUUUUACUUCUCCCUGCGGCGUUCCGGGCUGUAUUACUCAACAAAAGGCACUUCAAAAGACCCUCGGCAUCUGCAGUACUGCGUUGAUGUGAAUGAAUCCAACAUCUACUACAUCGCCCAGGGCAAAAAACAGUACAGCCCGCCCACCGAGUACGGCUUCUGCAUCAAGCCCUUCAAAGCACGCAGUGGGGUCAAAGGUCUGAAGCUCUUCUGCAGCGAAGAUGAGCAAAGCCGCACCUGUUGGAUGGCUGCCUUCCGCCUUUUCAAGUAUGGCAUCCAGCUCUACCGGAACUAUCAGCAGUGUCAAGCACGGCAAAGAGAACCAGCCUGGAUCGGCACCAUGCCCCUGCGCAGCGUAUCUGAUAACACCCUGGUGGCCAUGGACUUCUCGGGCUGCAUGGGUCGAGUGAUCGAAAACCCCAACGAGGUCCUGACAGUCGCUCUGGAGGAGGCGCAGGCAUGGAGGAAGAAGACAAGCCACCGAUACAGCUUGCCCACUCCAUUCCAGAGCUCCCCACUCAGUGCUGCCAUCCACAGAACUCAGCCGUGGUUCCACGGACACAUUUCUAGAGAAGACACCCAGCGCCUCAUCAUCCAGCAGGGAUUGGUGGACGGGGUAUUCCUGGUGCGGGAGAGCCAGCGGAACCCCAAAGGUUUUGUCUUGUCGCUGUGUCACCUGCAGAAAGUGAAGCACUAUCUUAUCCUCCCGAGCGAGGAAGACGGGCGUCUCUACUACACCAUGGACGACGGGCAGACCCGCUUUGCCGACCUGAUCCAGCUGGUGGAGUUUCACCAAAUCAACCGUGGCAUCCUGCCUUGCAAGCUGAAGCACUACUGCACCUGCGUUGCCUUGUGAGAGGUUACUGGGCUUCCCCAUAGCCUGCCCCAUGGCCGACUGCAGCCCAACACAAGGGGAGGAGAGCAGGGGAGAGGGCACCUGUGAACUCAGUAUACUGGGACUGAUUCCAAA